GCGAGGUGGAGGGAAACGGGAGGGAGGACUUUGGACAGAGAUGUCAGUCGGGCUUUCGAUCACAGCGUUGUGAAACACUGCAGCGUUGAUCCAACACGGUAUUACAAAAAUUUACAAGUCAGGUCAUCGCGGGGGAGGAUCCGCGUGGGGAAACUCCGCCGCUUUUCCCUGUUGCUCGGUUCUCGGAACCCAGGUCAGAAUUCCCAACAGCUCGCAGCAGAACGCUUCUCUCUUUCCCCGCUCUCUCCGGCACAGGAGAUGCCAGUUCUGAAGAGUAACCUGCUACGGCUCAGCCCCACGAAGCUACACUGGGGGACAGUGAAGCUGCAGAAGGAGUUGAUAUUGGGCAGCAGGAUGAGUGCCGGGACCAAUCCUUUCGAGGACGAUCUGAGCGACACACUGAAUCCAUUUGCAGAUGACUUGAAGAAUCCCUUCAGCGAGGAGGAAGAGGAGGAAGGGAGGCACACGGAAGGUUCCAACGGGACCCUGCACUCGAGCAAUGGGCUCACACCAAAGAGGAACGAUGACAAGUAUGGGUCACUUCUGCGGAAGCUUUUACCGAAGGAGAAGAAGGGGAAAUCUCCGGUAGAGGAGAAGGGCGGGGAGAGGAAAAACCUCUUCACAUCGCCAAACAGCAAGCCGGGAAAGGUGGAACCAGAGGCCAGGCAGAGGUUGUCUUUCCUGAAGCAGAGCAAGGCGAAAGCAGAGACUGGGCAGGAGAAGUCAGCAGGCCAGAAAAGAGCCGAGAAGGUGGACAAAGCAAACGAGCCUCUCUCAGUCCUGGAAAUCCUCCAGCUGAUCCAGAAGCAGGAGCUGGCAGCAGCAGACAGGCACAUCAUCGAGCUGGAGGCCGAGUGCGAGCGGCUGAGUCCCCAGACGCCGGAGGGCAAGGACGGCGGGAGGAGGGCCAAGGACGUGGCCCUCCUCUACGAGGAGCUGGAGAGCGAACUGAACCGCAUUGUGGGCGCCUGCCUAACCCAGCCCCCGGACCCCUCACACCUGGGCCAGGUGGCACGCACAAUCGAGCAGGAGGAGCAGGCGGACAGGGCCCGGGAGGGAGGAGGGGGUGAGGUCUCGCAGGGCGGAAGGCCCAGGGAGCUGAGGAAGAAGUGGAGGGAGGCCGUGAAGGCGUCCGUGAGCGAGAGGCUGUCGCCGGGCCAGGCGGUGGAGAACGCCUCGGUGGCUCAGCGCUUGAGGAGCCUCAGGGAGCAGACGGUGGCCGACCUGAUCUCGGUCCGGAAGAACGUCGCUGCAGGGUACCCAAAGGAAUACGAGGCCUUCAACAUCUAUGUGAGGAGCUACCACGAAGGUGUGUCCUUCUGCCUGUCCGAGAUGGCGCAGAGGGACCUGGAAGUAGAAGAGCUUUACGUCUUCCUCGAAUGGUGCCACUGUCUUUAUUACAGGGAAGUGCUGGGCCAUGCAGAACUGACUGCACACAUCAGCAAACAGCACCUCGGACCGCUCCUACCCGAGGACACAGUCAGGAGGCUGGAGGGCCGCUGCGUUGCCAUGGUGAAGGCCCAGAUUAUGAAGCACGUGGAGACGGAACUGUGUGCAGAGCAGGACAGGUGGAAACAGGAGUGCAAAAGCUUUCAGUCUGAGUUGGCAAGCCGGGUCAUCCAGAUACUGAAGGAGCAUAUAGAGAAGUCGUCUGCGAUCACAGAGGAACUGGGGGCUCGGAUCGUUCAGAGCUGCCUCCACAUCCUGGCUAACUUCCUGCAGAGUUUCCAAGUGAAUGUACAGGAACUUUAUGGUCACUUUGCUGUAAACACGGCUGGUAUGGAAUGUGUGGUCCCGCAGACAAUCGCUGUGGUCAACUGCUGCCCUGCCUUCAGAGACUACGUCGAACGGCUGAUCCAAAAAUUCUCCCCAGAGGGCGAAGAGUGGAAGAAGAAAAUCAUGGAGGCACUGGACAAGGUUGAGAGAGGAGGCAUCAAGCUCUUAAUGGAGAAACUCUUCAGUGAACUGAAGCCACAUUUUGCAAAGCUGUUGAGAAAGAAAUGGCUCCAAAAUGCGGAAAGCUUUGAAAGUAUUGUUACUGCCAUCCGAGAGCACUUCAAGCAUUUCCAGAAGAUGAGAACACCGCCAUACCAGACCCUGGUCAAUCACGUUCACCUGCGGGUGGUCACUGAGUACCUGAGGGCGCUGGUGCAGAGGCGGGUGACCUGCACCUCGAGCGAGAUGCGUGCCAAGCUAGCGCUGCGGAUCAGCGAGGAGUCCGAGCAGCUGCAGCAGCUCUUCCUCAAUCUGAAUUCCGCCUCGUCCUGGCUGGACGCUGCUAUCAGUCACCAGGCCGAGAUCGUCAAACUGAAGGAAAUCUCCUCCAUCCAGAUGGAAGUCGGGGUCCUGGUGAGCAGUUAUCCUGACGUACGGAAGGGCCACAUCUCUGCAGUGUUGCAUAUGAGAGGAGACUUGAGUUCCUCUGACCGACACUCAAUCCUGGAGACAGUGCAGGAGCUCAACAGCCAGAGCAGUGGACUCGACCCUCCCCGGAACAGGGUGCUCUUCAGUGAAAUCGAUGAGAUGACCGAGGCCCGUUGCUUCAGGGAGAGCUCUGUCUCCAGCUGCAUGGCCAGCUGGCUGUACGCCAUCCGCGGCAGAACCCGCACGAGAACCUCGUGUCAGGAAUCAGGCAGCCGGAAAGCCACAAAAAUCCAAGGCUUGUGAAUCGGGUCCAGGAAAAGGAUAAUGGGAGUGACCAAACACUGGAUCCCUGCGCUGGAAUGUGAUGGAGAUCCAGGGAGAAACGCUGUGACUUACAACCACGUGAUUGAAUUAUUGAGACUGUACAAAUCUUUAAUGUAAAAGUCAUAUAAUGUCAAGAUUUAAAUAAAGAUCUUUCUAAAAGUGUUGACUGCUUCCAUAAGCCAGAGUCCUUUUGGGGUUAGGAAAACGAAGUUCCCAGAAUCCCUAUGGCUGUUGACUAUUGGUGCAAGGAAGAUGGCUUCCGUCACACCUCCUCCAGCCUCUCCCACUGGGUGGCAGAACCAUGAAGAGUGGAGUGAUAUUUGCAAUUUUCCAGCAUUAGGGUUAGGGUUCCAGAACCAUUCCAUAAUUAGCAAUUCUUGAAAUAUCAUUACGAGUGCCUCCACGAUCUCUUCAGCUACUGCUUUCAGAACCCUGGGGUUGUACACCGUCUGGUCCAGGUGACUUUUCAGCCUUCAGACCUUUCAGUUCCCCAAGAACCUUCUCUCUAGUUAUGGUAACUUCACAGAUCUCAUGAUCCCUGGCACCUGCACCUCACUGCUAGUGUCUUCUGCAGUGAAGACUGAUGCAAAAUACUUAUUCAAUUUGUCUGCCAUUUCCUUGUCCCUAUUACUAUCUCUCCAGGAUCAUUUUUCCAAAUAAAGUCCCUAGCAAUUCAGAAAUUGGCAUGCUUGCAUAUGCCUGAAUGGAGAGAAAAAACUGGGGUGUGUAGAACCAGGGGUCACUGUCUCAAAAUAGAGAAUUGGUCACUUACAUAAAAAGGCCUGUUUCUAUGAUGUACUUAUGCAUCUAUAUGGUGAUGAGAAAUGUAUACAUUAGGCAGAGGGUGACAUGUACUUAUUUAGUGAAGGUGUCAAAGGGUAUUUGGGAGAAGGCAGCGGAAUGGGGUUGGGGUUGAGAGGGAAAAUAAAUCAGCCAUGAUAGAAUGGCAGAGCAGACCUGAUGGGCUGAAUGGCCUAAUUCUGCUUCCGUGUCUUAUCAGAAUCAGAAUCAGACUUUAAUCGCCAAGUACCUGUGCACAUACAAGGAAUUUACUUCCGGCAGGUGGUUAUGGAGAUUAACCAGGAAUGGGAAAAGCUGUUUGAAACAGGGGUUGUUUUAUUGGGCUUUAAUGUAGACAGCACUUUUGUUAAAUCCAGCAGAACGUCAUCUCUAUACAUUACAGAUAGAUCUUUAAGAAACUCAAACCACACUAACAUUUCCAUCACUGCCAUCAAUGAAACUCCAUUGUUAGUUUUUGCCUCUUUCGGUCACAGUCUCAUGGUGACAUCACAUCCUACAGGACAUCAUUUCCUGUGUGUCAUGGCAGUUUCCCAUGUGGAUGCUUCAAUUCCAUGCCUUCUGAUUCACUCAGACAGAAGCAGGUUGUCUGAUACGCAAGAACUCCCUGUAAGAGUUGCUUCCUGUUGUGGAAUUGGUUUUUCUCUGAAAUGGUCUUGUGUGGAAUUCCACUUUCAUUGCCUCUUAGUUGAAAGUUGAGUCAUAAUCCUUCCAUUCCUUGUGGUUCCUUGACAAAAUAUUUCUGGCACAUUUAUUAGACUGUAAGACAUAGGAGCAGAAUCUGGCCACUCAGCCCAUCGAGUCUGCUUCUCCAUUCCAUCAUGGUUUAUUUGUCAUCUCUCUCCACCCCAUUUUACUGCCUCUAACGCCCUUAUUAAUCAAGAACCUAUUAACCUCCGCUUUGAGUAUACCCAAUGACAACCCAAUCAUCUGUGGCAGUGAAUUUUACAGAUUCAUCACCCUCGGUCUGAAGAAAUUCCUCUUCAUCUCUGUUCUAAAGGGAUGUCCAUGUACUCUGAGGCUGUGCCCUCGCGUCCUGGACUCCCCCACUACAGCAAACACCUUCUCUACGUCCACUCCAUCUGGGUCUUCCAACGUCCAAUAGUUUUCAAUGAGAUCCCUCCUCAUUCUCCUGAACUCCAGUGACUACAGGCCCAGAGACAUCAAAUGCUCCUCAGAAGUUAACCCUUUCAUUCCCAUGAUAAUUCCCAUGAACCUCCACCGGACCCUCUCCAAUGCCAACACAUCCUUUCUUAGACAUGUGGCCCAAAACUACUCACAAUAUUCCAGGUGUAGUCUGACCCACGCCAUAUAAAGCCUCAGCAUUAUAGUUUGCUUACAUUACAUCUGUCAAACCAAUGACAGCAAAUAUUGUUGGGGUUGGUGUCUUGAGGAGGUUAAUCCAGACUUCCUCAUCUCUCUACGGUAAGAAAAUUGUGAUCCUACCCUCAAAAAAUCCAGGUUAGACCAUGUUGCUAUCCAUGGAAGCAGGCUGUGCACAAUUUGAAUGUUGUAUUUCCUUCACUGGGAUUCGGUUGGCAACAGAGCACUUCGGGAUAUAAAUCUUUCUUUCCAUGUUAAUAUUUGUUAUUAUCACAUGCAAGCUAUUUUUGUCCAAUCUUCUGUCUCAAUCUCCAAAGGAGGUGUGUUUGUGUUUAAUGAUUAAAUUAGCUAAAUAUGACCUUCCCUAGGAAUAGGUGCCAACUUCCGUAUCUACCCCGGUCUGAGUUCUGAUGGGAAAGGUAAUGGUUUAUUUUCCACACAGCUAAACUUAGCUCGUAAUUAGUGAUUUCCUUAGCUGUUGACUCACUGUCCAUGCCUUGCACUCUGAAGGGUGAAGGGAAGUUAAGCACUACCAGAGAACACAAAAGCACAUCCCAAAAACUGUAAACAAUUCCCAACAACAUGGGAGAUUCUAUUUUAUUUUAUUUUAAUGUUUAUUUUACAAUUAGAUUUUCAUAUGACUGCUUUGGUUGCAAUGCAAACUGUCUAAAAUAAUUCAGUGGCCAUUUUAAUCGGAACCUCCUGUUAUACGUGAUUAUGUAGAUACUGUAUUAUACAUAAUAAAGUGGCCACAGUGUAUGUUGGUGGUA